AUCUAAACUAAAACACUUGAGAAAAUUUCAGAGUAACAGUUGUAAAGUGCUUCUGAUAUAUCAUACCAGAGACCCGGUGUGAGCAGAACGUAUUAUUUUCAUCAAAUUAGUCCCGAACAUAUUUAUGACAACACCUUAUUUGUGGGCGAAAUGCUAGAUUAAAACUCCUAAAUGUUCUAAUUGUUCCUAAUUCAUAGUCUUGUUCCAAACUAUGUUUACCACCGAUCUAUAAGGUUUUUACAAUUCGUAGAUUUUUCCAAAUCAUUUUAUCUUAGAAUAUCUUUCUCGUUGAGUAAUGUAAAUUGCGAUGUUUUUGUUGAGUUCCACUAAUUACCUCCCUUCAUUGAAUUCCAAAUGUUCUGUGAUGGCAUUCUACUACUGCGCGGAUAGCUAAGGCAGAGACAAAAAACAACAGUCAAUAGAAAUUGCUACCAAUUACUGGUUAUCUACUCCUGGUGUGGAGAUCACAGAGCAAGGUUCACUACUCGUUCGGUCAGUGAGGGACAACCAAGAAUGGAGAAAUACUAUAAUUCAAAAGCAGUUAGCAUUGACGGCAAGUCUUCUCCGGGUGACUUAAAGAAAAACCUGGACGAUCAGGACGACGACAGAAAGUCCACGGACAGCCAGGCAGCCAAACAGAAGCGCCACCGAACGCGAUUCACUCCCGCUCAAUUGAACGAGCUCGAGCGAUGUUUCGCCAGGACUCACUAUCCGGAUGUGUUCAUGCGAGAAGAGCUGGCAGCGCGAAUAGGACUCACGGAGUCCAGAGUGCAGGUUUGGUUCCAGAACCGCCGCGCCAAGUGGAAGAAGCGUAAGAAGACCGCGUCCAUUUUGCGUCCGCCCGCACCCAUUCUGCCAUCCCACAUGGCACAGGGUUACAACGCCGGCCCGAUUGGUGACACUCUCUGCACAUUCCACAACGAUCACCGCUGGCCACCUACGGUCACGGCCACCAUGCCGACAAUGGCUCCAGGCCCCUCUCCAUCACUGCCCCUGUCGCCCCCACAUCACCCGUUCACGCAGGCGCACGAGGUUUUACAGCAAUCCUACCCACUCCAGUCCCCCCUUCAGCGCUCUCACCUUUCAAUGGCUAUCCAGCAGCAGAGCAGUCAGCAAUCGCAGCAGAACUACCAACAGCCGUACGUGUCGAGAGAAAUGACCAUAUCCUCGUCGCCCACGCUCCAGGACAUCCAGUGCAACAUCAACGGCGGUGAGCAAUGGCGGGGGACAAGCAUCGCGAGCUUGCGCAGAAAAGCACUCGAGCACCAGGCCACGCUCGUGUACAGCAGAUAGAGGCAAACCUAGGGGAGGGAUGGGACAGGCAUUAAGCAGGGGAACGAGGGUGUAGAAAGGCACUCAAACAAACCGAGAAGGGAGAAUGGGAAGCGUCAAGAGUGGGUGGGACUCUUUAUACGGCGGUUUAUCCCAUAGCAUAACUUUCAUAGGAUAAAGAAUACUUCCAGCACGAAGACAUUUACGAGAUAAAUUAUGUAGGAAAGUAGGGUGGGGGUAGGGGGCGGGGAUGGCAAGCAUGUCCGUGCUAGAGGUGGAUUUCCAGUAUUGUUUCAUACAUUUUACAGUGUAUUUCCAGUAUUUUUUCAUACAUUAUACAGUAUGUUUCCAGUAUUGUUUCAUACAUCAUACAGUGUAUUUCCAGUAUUGUUUCAUAAAUCAUACAUCUACUCUGUCGAUAUUAGAGUGCAUGGCCUUGUUUACUGGCAUUUGUCAUAUUGACUCACAAUACCAGAGGCUUGAGUUUUAUAGCAAGAUAAACAACAAUGCAAAUAAGAACUUUUUAACUAGCGGAAAAGAAAACCUAUUGAGGCUAAAACGUUAACGAUUACUUAAGUUCCGGCUAUUUUAAGCUUUUCUUUUUUCUGGAAACGCAUCAAAGUUUAUCCUAUUACUUUUAUCUAUCAUGUCAAUUUGUUAUGCCUACCUUUAUAGCUUGCCAGCGCUCAGGAAAAGAAAAAUCGAGGUUUAAAGUAUUAUGCCCACAAUCGCAAUUUUUGCCGAUGGAAUACCUUGCAUUGCAUCGCCCACAUGGUUCAACUUUCGCGAUUCUAAAGUAUUUUCUUAUCGUUGUUUUAGGUGUUUCAACCAGAGGGCUAUGGACUCGAUUCUGACCCCCUGCAGCGGCGGCAAGCCCUGGAUUUAAGUAAAAUACUCAUAGAUGGCUAUAAAUAUCAUAAACCAAUUCAAUUGAUUUAUCUGUAAUAUAGCGAAGCGAAUUGUACAAUGCGUUAUUCCAGAAAAAUAUCCCUAAACUUCUGCCGUAUGGAUGGCACAAACGAAGUAGUAUCCACUUGGCCAAACAUAGAAGCACGGAAGGAUAUUUUUCUGUAAAUACGCUAUAUUUGUAAACUGGUCAAAAAUUGUUUAUAAAACCGGUUUGGAAAGUUGAUAGGCUCGGGGUAUUUAACAUACAAGGGUAAAAUACUGUAAAAAUAACAGUUAAGCCAAUUGUCCAAUAACAAUUUGCAAAGUUUUGUUUGCAUCUUCUACUGUGACUUAGGGAGUAAACGGACAUUGUCCGGUAAUUGGCUCAGUGCGAGACAAUUAUGCAAAAGACCAAAAUAAAGAGUUACUCAUUGUUUGUGAUUACAUUACCGGACAAUGUCCGGUAAUCUACUGUCGUCCGGUCCAGUGCUUAAGGUCAAGGUAAAGAGUUCUUCAUUGUUUGUAUGUAUAUUUCCAUGAGAGCGGAUAAAAAUGAUAAUGAAAAUAUCGCUGGCUAGAAAUCCAAGCGAUAUAUGCAUGGCCUUUUUUUCAUGGGUCAGUUAAAAACAGAGACAACCAAUUAGAAAAUUGUAGAGGUUUAGAUCAUUCGAGUUCGGAAUUUAUUUAUUAUUUUAGUUUCUAGAUAAUCCCAUUAAAAUCAUUACGAACUCUUAACAGAGUCAAAGAAUGAAUAGCGACAAGACGUUUUCUCUUUAAGAAAGAAAAAACCCGCCAUAUGUUAAAAGAUGCUCCUGACAAAACGGUUGUAACGAAGGAAAAAAACAACAUGAAAACCAAAUUCAUCGCUAGUAUAGUUAUCAAACAGUUUAGAAUAUGUUAUUUAUUAUUUGUUUGUACAUUACCUUUAUCAAGACGAAGUAUAAAUAUUCGUUGGCUCUAUUAAAAACAAAAAAUUGAACA